GGAGUGACCUAAACUAAACCCGAUCUCCAUCCAACAACAACAAGAAGUGGAAAAAUGGCGUCUUCUCCGUUAUCCCUCACCUCUCCGGCCACUUACGUCACGCAAACAUCAUCACACUUACCUCUCCCAACCACACGCUCUCGUCUCCCUCGCAGAGUUUCCUUCCGUCUCUCCGCCAAGCCUAAGCUCCGCUUUCUCUCCAAGCCUAGUCGUAGUAGCUACCCUGUGGUGAAAGCCCAAUCUAACAAGGUUGGUAGUGGUGCAUCAUCCAAUGCUUCAGCUCCUGCAAAAACGGAAGGAAAAGAUGAAAACUCAUCAACUGAUUUAGCUACAGAAGAGUCUAUCUCUGAGUUUCUUACCCAAGUCACAACUCUUGUCAAGCUUGUUGAUUCGAGAGACAUUGUCGAGUUGCAGUUGAAACAACUCGACUGUGAACUUAUCAUUCGGAAAAAGGAAGCUUUACCACAACCUGAGUCCCCUGCACAAUAUGUUAUGAUGCAGCAGCCGAACCAAUCAUCUUUUGUGCAAUCUGUGGCUCCUCCUUCUGCACCUGCUGCCUCACCUGCACCUUCUGCUCCAGCCUCUUUGCCUCCACCAUCUCCAGCUGCUCUAGCUAAAUCAUCGCUUCCCACUGUUAAAAGUCCCAUGGCUGGCACUUUCUACCGUAGUCCAGGACCUGGUGAACCACCCUUUAUUAAGGUUGGAGAUAAAGUGCAGAAGGGGCAAGUUCUAUGCAUUGUUGAAGCCAUGAAGUUAAUGAAUGAAAUAGAGUCUGACCAAACGGGAACCGUAGUGGAUAUCGUUGCAGAAGAUGGCAAGCCUGUUAGCCUCGACACUCCUUUGUUUGUGGUGCAACCGUAGAAUCGGCACCAUGAGAAAUGGAGAAAAGAGGCUAUUAAAAAAAAAACAAUCUCUCUGCUUUUGGUAAAACUACUUCUUGAGACUCUUCUGUCCUCUUCGUUGUUACCGUUAAAAGUCCGUUAGUUUCUUUUUCUUUCUAGUUUGAUGAGUGAGUUGGUUAAAGAAAGAUAAAAGCUCUGUUUUUCUUUAUUUUUCUUUUCAUAAACACGAAUUCUUCGUUCUGUUUUAUUGCAAUUUUCCUAGAUCAAAAAUAAAACCUUCACUAUCAAGAUAGUGUUGGAACAACUAUCAAGUGGGGAGCAGGUGAUGCUGGUCUAGCUGUAACGAGUUUGGAGGCGGAAGCCAAAGCCCUUAUAAUGGCUAUGCAAAAUUUGUGGUCUGCAGGUUUUAAAAACAUUAUUUUUGAAGGAGACUCACAAGUUCUUGUCAACACUAUCACGAACACACAAAAUGAUAUUACACUGUCUAGUUUUCUCCAGGAUAUUUACUAUUGGUCCACCAAACUAGGAGAAUUACAACAUGCUUUCAUCAGUCGAAAUGGGGAAUCAAGCAGCUCAUCUACUAGCAAAACGGAGUCCUCCCAAUGGAUUUUUUAUUCUAAAGUAUUUUAAUUUGCCUUUUUGGUUAACACCAUCUCUGUACUCAGACUUAAUGUUUUCAAGUUAAUAAAGUUCUAAUUUCGUCG